CGCAAGCAGACCCAAUGGCCACCUGCGCCUUCCGUGGAAGACGAGACGGUAUCCCUCUCUCGUGAACUACACGGGAUGACCAAGCUAGGAGAAAAGCCCGGAGUUGAGGGUGUCUGCUCUCGGGGAACUAUUGACCAACAUCCAGUGAUCGUGGAUGUGCUAUCCUUCUCCUCAGUUGUUCACACGACGAUCUAUGACGACUCAGUCCGCGAGAGCGGCUCUGAUGACAACGCAGGGCCGCCAACGCCGUCAGCGGAAAUUGAACAUGACCCGAUGCUCUACAUUGUCGAGGAUGAUCAGGCUGUGCCUCUGUCGACCUCGUGGACUUCUUCAGAUAAGAUUCGCGGGCAUCCAAAUUCGCUAGCACGCCCGCAGCAAGUCCGAACCCCGAGCAAGACCGUCGAUGGCCGGCCUAGCGGAGCAAAAUCCAGUACCCAGAGGGACAAUAUUCCCAAGAGAGAUUUGGCCCAGGGAUCCCGGACUAGCCCUGUGACAUCCAACACGCCCGCCAAAGCGAUCGAAACCACGACCACGGCAUCCCCGCCUAGUUUGAAGCGAGCGGGCAGUGCGAAGCCCAGUUCAUCUGCCAAGCAGGGGACCAGGCCUCCCAUGCCGAAGCUGGGCCAUCAAUCUGAUUCGGCUGCCGUUGGAGUGAAAGGUUCCUCGAGCACUCCUCCGGCCUCACCUACAGAAAAGUCCUCCACUGGGCCUACUUUGGCUGAGAGGAUAGAGGAGAAAUUGCGCCAGAGGCAAGAACUUCGCGCAUCGCAAGAGGCUUCACAGAACCACGAUCAGAACAGUCCGCCACCUGCAGCUGCAGCUGCCCAACCGAUCGCCACCGUUGAGCAAGCAGGUUUCAAGCCAUCCAUUACGUGCCCCAAUGGGUGCGGCGCGCCACAGGCUAACCAGGCGAUCUCUUCUAAGACUACAUCGACGGCCAAGGAGUCUACUGAACACGAGAAGAGUGAAGAGGAUCCUUUCUCGGCCUCAUUUACUGCAGCGCUGGCCUCUGAGGCCCCAGCGCGGCCCUCGAUUGGCAACAAGCCGCAUGGACGAUCCCAGUCUUCAGACAGGGCACAGUCGACUGGAAAACAAGUUGGUCGACGAAGCUCUUCGCAGGGUGCCGUGCGCAGAAGUUCUCCUAAGCCCCAGUACUUUCUGUCGCCUUGCCCUCGGUCAGUUCCUGUGGCAGGAUAUCAGGACUGGCACACCGUGAAGGGAAUUCCUCACUUGGAUAUCUGUCCAUCCUGCAUGAAACAGAUGCGCAAGUCCCGGUUCCGAGAUCUCUUUGUCCUAGCGAGCCCCCGACCUCGCGAAGAGAAGGUUCGCUGUUGCAUGAGUGAGCCAUGGACGCGCUUGGCAUGGAUGCAGACACUCAAGAAGCACCUGGACCACCUGGAUCUGCUCCUGCAGAUCACGCGGCCACCGUCAGGCAGCAAGCCUUGCCCGGGACGCACUAUCAGUGACCAGUACUGGUACCGUGUCGUUGACCCGGACACCGACAUGUAUCUCCCACAGUUCAACGUAUGCCACUCCUGCGUUCGCAACCUGAGGACUCUGAUGCCGCGACACCGGGAGACAUUCAAACGCAGCGCCACCAAGCAGGAGAGGGCGUGUGAUUUUGUGACUGACAGUGCUCGGUUCGUCCGCUAUAUCGACUGCCUGGAUAUGGCCGCCAACCGAGCCGAGCUGGAGCAUGCGGUGCGGCCGGACAUCCGCGAGUUCCUGUCCUAUGCACGGCGCAAGGUAGUGCUUCGAGAUUGCCGGCGGGACCGGCAGGUUCUCAGCACCUGGCACUACAUGCCGCAGCUGCCUGAGCUCACGGUGUGUGAGGACUGCUACGACGAUGUGGUGUGGCCGCUGGUCAAGGCCAAGCUCCCGAUUGCGCGCAAGUUCUCGACCACGAUGCGGCUUCUUCCCGGGGAAGGCCCGUCGCGCUGUCGCGAGGCGAGCUGCCAGCUGUACUCGCCGCGGAUGCGCAUGAAGUUCCAGGAGGCGGUGCAGCUGGACGACCUGACGUAUCUGAAGCUGGUGGCGCUGCGACGUCGGGAAGCCGAGCAGCGGUACCGAGACCGCCAAGCCGAGCUGCUGGAGGAUGCCAGUCGGGGGUUUGAAGUUGAGAGUGAGAUGCGGAAGAACGUGGAGGAGUGGAAGCGAUGGGAGUAG